ACGUUGCGGAGGGCGGGGAAGGAGCACACACAUUCUGGUUGGCCAGGCACUCGGCAUCGCCCCAGGCGAGGGGAUAUUCGGAAUUGGGGCCGCUCGUUCCGUUUCCUCCGCCCCUCCCCCGCCUCUCUCCUCAGUGCCCCUCUCCAGAAUCUCCCUGGCUGGAGUACGCGUGCGCCGGCUCGGAUCCCUUGCGGGCGCGAGCUUCGUCUCGGGCUCCGCGCUCCUACCCUGCCCGCUCUCUGCCUAGCGGCCGGGGCCGGCCGGGUGGGCUCGCGGGGAACGCUCUGCGCGCGCACGCGCACACGCCGAGCAGCGGAGCUCUAGACAGAGGGGAGUAAUAACCGUCCGAGGAGGCAACAGAGGAGGAGGCGGUGUGUGUCUGUGUGUUACACUGCAUGGCUCGUCGAGGGGCGAGCGCCGAGGAUUGAAAGAGGGUGAGGGAGAAGCAGAAAGAAUCUGAGUCUCCCUCGGUGGAGCCGCUAAUCUGGUUUCUAUGGAAACAUACGGUAAUAUAAAAGGAAGUCCAUUCUGAUCAUUCUGAUACUGAGAUGUAACUGGACUGAAGAGCUGAAUAGGAAAAAAUUUAGUGCCAACCUUAAUUACAAUGGCUACUGAUUCAGGGGAGGCAGCUAGCACAGAAGAUUCUGAGAAACCUGAUGGAGUUUCCUUAGAAAACCAAGUUUCUCAGAUUGCUGCAACUUUAACAGUGGAAGCUAUACUCAAGGAGAAAACCAGUACCAUCUCUGCUUCUGGGGAAACAAAAGAAAGGAAGAGGUUCUUUAGAAAGAGCAUUGAGAUGACAGAAGAUGACAAAGUUACAGAAUCUUCACCCAAAGAUGAGAAACUAAAGACUGCAACACACAUUCCAAGAGGAGAAAAGCUUCCUACAAAUGUACUAAGAGGUGGACGAGAAGGUAAAUAUGAACACUGUUCAAAGGCAACUACAGAAUCCUCAAAAGAUUGUUUCAAGGAGAAAAGUGAAAAAGAAAUAGAAGAAGAAGCAGAAAUGAAAGCAGUAGCUACUUCCCCUAGUGGCCGGUUCCUGAAAUUUGAUAUAGAGCUUGGAAGAGGAGCUUUUAAAACAGUCUAUAAAGGACUGGACACUGAGACAUGGGUUGAGGUUGCCUGGUGUGAGCUGCAGGACCGGAAGUUAACCAAAGCUGAGCAGCAAAGAUUCAAGGAAGAAGCAGAGAUGCUAAAGGGUCUCCAGCAUCCCAAUAUAGUUCGAUUUUAUGAUUCCUGGGAAUCUGUAUUAAAAGGGAAAAAAUGUAUUGUAUUAGUCACUGAACUUAUGACAUCAGGAACCUUAAAGACGUACUUAAAACGAUUUAAAGUCAUGAAACCAAAGGUCUUACGGAGCUGGUGCAGGCAGAUUUUAAAGGGGUUGCAGUUCUUGCAUACUCGUACUCCUCCUAUUAUUCAUCGGGAUCUGAAGUGUGACAAUAUUUUCAUCACUGGACCCACUGGAUCUGUGAAGAUUGGUGAUCUAGGACUAGCCACUUUAAUGCGUACAUCGUUUGCUAAGAGUGUCAUUGGAACUCCUGAGUUUAUGGCCCCAGAAAUGUAUGAAGAACACUAUGAUGAAUCUGUAGAUGUUUAUGCUUUUGGAAUGUGUAUGCUGGAAAUGGCAACUUCAGAGUACCCCUAUUCUGAGUGCCAGAAUGCAGCUCAAAUAUACCGUAAAGUAACCAGUGGAAUAAAGCCUGCGAGUUUCAAUAAAGUCACUGAUCCUGAAGUGAAAGAAAUUAUUGAAGGAUGUAUUCAACAAAACAAAUCUUCAAGGUUGUCUAUCAGGGACCUACUAAACCACGCAUUUUUUGCUGAGGAUACAGGACUGAGGGUGGAAUUAGCAGAGGAAGGUGAUUAUUCAAAUUUAUCCCUGGCUUUGAGACUCUGGGUUGAAGAUCCAAAAAAAUUGAAAGGCAAACACAAAGACAAUGAAGCCAUUGAAUUCAGCUUCAAUUUAGAAACAGAUACACCUGAAGAAGUAGCAUAUGAAAUGGUCAAAUCUGGAUUCUUCCAUGAAAGCGAUUCAAAAGUUGUUGCUAAGUCCAUUAGAGAUCGUGUCACCCUGAUAAAGAAAGCAAGGGAGAAGAAGCCAGUUGAAUGUUUGAAAGAACGCAGGGAUUCCCAGUGCAAAUCUAUGAGGAAUGUACUCCCUCCACAGCAGAAUACAACUACUCCCCUUGCUCCUCCUCAGCCAACUGGGACUGAAUGUGAAGAAACUGAAGUUGACCAGUAUGUUAGACAACAGCUUAUACAAAGAAAAGCACAUCAGCACUGCUCCUCUGCAAUGGGUGACACUUUGUCUGACGCAGGAGCUGGAUCUGCUGUACACCCAGAUGCUUCAAAUCAGCCCAGUAUUCCCUAUUCCUCAGACCAGGCAAUGGGCUCUCAGAUGGUUUCUAACAUACCACAGGCUGAAAUAAGUGCUCCAGGGCAAAUUUAUCCAUCCCAGCAGCUAGUACAACAUUACCAACAAAUUUCAAGGUUGCAGAAGCAGCCAAAGCUGGUUCAGCCCCAUACAUUGCCUUUGAUUCAAGGUCAGUCCACUCUAUUACCCGUACAUCCCCUUGGACUUCCAGUUGUUUCACAACCUGAGGUUUUGCCAUUAACUCUUCAGAAAGGCUCACAAAUACAGCCUGUGUCCCAACCAGUUGGCGUUGAACAUCAAGCAACUCUUCUAAAUCCAGAUUUAGUUAGAAGUUUGGAUGACGAGGGGGUAGUUAUGAAAGAAAACACCAACACACCUGAUUGCCCGAGUGGAAAUGGCAAACAUGAUCGGAUCAAACAAAGAAGAGCUUCUUGUCUUCGACCAGAGAAGGGGACCAAAUUUCAACUUACUGUCCUUCAGGUGUCAACCUCUGGAGACAACAUGGUUGAGUGUCAACUGGAGACACACAACAACAAGAUGGUCACCUUCAAGUUCGAUGUUGAUGGUGAUGCACCAGAAGAUAUUGUAGACUAUAUGGUUGAAGACAACUUUGUGCUGGAAAGUGAGAAAGAAAAAUUUGUAGAAGAAUUACGGGCUAUUAUAAGUCAAGCCCAGGAUAUCCUUCACAUCCACUCUACUGCAGAAAGGUCUACUGGAAUUGACCCUGUUACUGUGGAAUCCAAUAGUAACCAAACAGGAUCAUCGGAACAAAUACAGAUAAAUACUGCAUCCACUCAAAGCAGCAAUGAAUCUGCUCCUCAGUCAUCCCCUGUUGGUCGAUGGCGAUUUUGUAUCAACCAAACAAUAAGAAACCGUGAGACUCAAUCUCCUUCUCUUCAACAGUUUAUACCUACAGUACCGGGGCAACUUCCACUUUCUAGUCCAAGAAGCACAAGUACCACCAAAAUAUCACAGAACACACUGCUCACUCUAGAAAAUAAUUCAUGUCAGCAUGUACUUUUAACCUCUGAAUCAGGGCACAAGGAUGUAGUUGAUGGUAAGGUUUCUGAAUGUGCCAGUGUGAGAACUAAGCAGCCAGCUAUACAUUAUCAAGUGGAAGAGGACAGAUCGAUGAUGACCCCAGUUGCCAGUAACAUUUAUGCUUCUACUUCCGUUUGUGCACUUCCUGUUGAAUCUGAGAGACUCACAGACCAAGCAAGCAUAUUCCUACCUGUAUAUACAUGCCAACAACCUGCCAAUCAGGCUGAUGUACUUAGCAUCUCUAUUGGCGAGUCAACUCAAGGUACAGGUAACUCUCUUACAACUUCAUCACUUAUGUCUGAUCAAGAGCCUAAAUCUUUAUCCACGGAACAGAGAAAUGUGGCCACAGAGUUUAUUUCUCAGGAAGGAGAAACCACAGCAAAUAUUGAAUUAAGUUCUCCUAAGAAGGUCAUUCCCAUUCAGACUUCUGCCCUUGAACCAACUACCCUUUUAACUAACACUGUCCUGGAAUCAGAUGGGGAAAGACGUCCAAAAAUGGAGUUUACAGACAACCGAAUUAAAACUCUGGAUGAAAAAUUAAGAAACUUGCUUUAUCAAGAACAUAACAUAUCUAGCAUCUAUCUUGAGAAUCAGAAGGAUAUCAUAGACUCUUCAUUUUCAUCCUCUGCUGAAGAUACCCUUUCCUGUCCAAUGCCAGAAGUCAUAGACAUCAGCCUCUGUGGAAUUCAAGAUAAUCCUGCACAGCCCCCUGAUCUUCAGCAGACAGGCUCUAUGAUUCUGUCCAAUGUGGCAGUGAGUCAAACUGCUAACAUAUCUGUAUUCAAAAGAGACACGAAUGUGAUAACUUCUGUACCCAGCGAAUUAUGUUUACAUGAGAUGUCCCCAGAUGCUUCACUUCCAGGGGAUCCAGAGGCUUAUACUGCUGCUGUGUCAAGCGUUGGAGCCAUUCAUCUGCAGACAGGAGGUGGAUAUUUUGGCCUAAGCUUUACUUGUCCUAGUCUCAAAAAUCCUAUUAGCAAGAAAUCCUGGACUCGCAAAUUAAAAAGCUGGGCAUACAGGCUACGGCAGUCAACCAGCUUUUUCAAGAGAUCAAAAGUCCAUCAAGUGGAAAUGGAAGGUAGAAGAUCAACACCUGCACCUGAUCCCGUUUCUCUUACUGAAGAAUCCAUAGCUGAUAAUAGGGCUUUUAAUAAAUAUAAAGUGAUGAGUGGAUCAUUUCAGCGGGGUCGGUUUCAGGUGAUUACAGUUCCUCAGCAGCAGCCAGUGGAAGUGAGUUCUUUUGAAAUUGAGCAUAUACCAACAUUUAGUGAAAUCACAAGCCAUUCUUGUGAAGAAGAAACAGGAAAGUCUUUCCAGUCCUUUCCAGAACCAGAAAAGUCUCAUUUGAUAGAAAUGGAACCUACCACAAUCAAUCCACAAACUUCAUUUUCUUCUCAGAAGAUACAGAGUCCUCAUAAAACCUUCAAAGAAGAUAAAAGAGUUCCUAAGCAGGGUGAAAAACUCUUAACUUUUAGCACAACUUGUGAGACUGAUGCAUCGUCAGUGACUCCUGAGAAUGACUUAGAAGAAAAUUCAGCCAUAGGAAGUAGUAUGCAGUCUGGAUCUGAACCGUUGCUUAAAGAGAGAGAAAUUCUUACAACUGGGAAACAGCAUAGCUCUGAUAGUGAAUUUUCAGCCCCUUUUGCUACCAGAGGGAAGUCAGUGGCAAAGACUUUUCCAGAAAGUGAUCAGUGCUUACGACUUCAUGAAGAACAAGCCUAUACUCAAACACAGAGCUCACUCUUCUAUUCACCAUCUUCCCCAAUGAGCAGUGAUGAUGAGUCGGAAAUAGAGGAUGAGGACUUGAAGGUGGAACUUCAAAAAUUAAGAGAAAAACACAUUCAGGAGGUCGUAAGUCUUCAAAUGCAGCAGAAUAAGGAGCUACAGGAGCUGUAUGAACGUCUUCGGGCAAUUAAAGAAAGCAAAUCCCAAUCAUCAGAGGGUCCUCUGCCACCAGCAUCACCACGUAGACCAAGAUCUUUCAAAAGUAAACUUCGAAGCCGCCCCCAGUCUUUGACACAUGUAGACAGUAGUACAAUUGCUGCAGAUUCACUGUGUGUAGAGAGUAAUGCAAUAUCAUGCCAGCAGUCUACAGCUAGUAAAAAAGGGAUGUUCACCGAUGAUUUACACAAACUGGUGGAUGACUGGACCAAGGAAGCAGUAGGCAAUUCUCUUAUAAAGCCAAGUUUAAACCAACUUAAGCAGAGUCAACACAAACUGGAGACAGACAAUUGGAAUAAAAUAUGUGAAGUUUUUCAGAGCCUUGAAGACCAUCAUUUGGAAGUGGUGGCUUUUUUCAGGGAAAAUGGAUUCCAUGGACUUCUUGCCCAUGAUUCUGAGUAUGCCCUCUACAAUAUUCCUUCUUACUACAGUUCUCAUGCUCUGAAACUGAGCUGGAAUGGAAAGAAUCUUACCACUAACCAGUUCCUGAUGCAGGAGGUGGCCAAGCAGUUGGGACUGAAACGAAUUAAUUUUCCCAUAUUUGCUGCUCUGCUAGGUAAUCACAUUCUUCCAGAUGAGGACCUGGCUGCUUUUCACUGGAGCCUGUUGGGACCAGAACAUCCCCUUGCAUCACUUAAGGUCCGAGCUCAUCAGCUGGUUCUUCCUCCAUGUGAUGUGGUGAUCAAAGCUGUUUCUGAGUAUGUUAGUUCCAUAAAAGACCCCUCAAACCUGGAUGUGGUUGGGAAGGAUGUUUUCAAACAAUCUCAGUCCAGGACAGAAGAUAAAAUAGAGCGAUUCAAGAAAGCCGUUGAGUACUAUUCCAUCACAACCAAACUCUCUUCACUGCCAGUGGGACCCUCCUCAAUUCUAGGUUGUCGGAAUAAUCGACUUGGAAAUCCUCCCAUUCCACAAAAUCAAAUGGGAACAAUCCCUGCUGGAAAGCCAGUGUUCCCUCACCACAUGUCCCAGAAAAUGAAAUAUCCACCAACAUUCCCAAUGGGACCCAACUCCUCUCUACUCUUCUCCCCCCAAGCUUUGGGGGAACCCCAGGCUUUUUCUGAGGAUCCUAUGCUGCAGGACAACCCCUUUGCAAAUUGGGCUGUCCCUUAUGAUUCCUCUGCAUCCCAGUUUCCCAGUUAUCUGACUUCCAAAGGCUCACCUUCUUUGGGACCAGACUCUUCCCACUCCUCUUCCUCUGAUGGUGAUGAGCCAAAUGGACCCAGUUCUGAUCACGUCACAGAAACACCUCAGCAGCAGCCUGGAUGGGAGGAUCCAAAUGGUGACAGGGGAUCUUGGGUACAGCCUGUGGAUGCUGGAGUUUCAGAUACCAACCUGGGUAAUGGUGAACCACACAUCCCAUCUCUACUGUCUAUGUCUACGAGGAACCACAUGGACAUCACCAUUCCACCUUUGCCUCCAGUAGCUCCAGAAGUUUUGCGAGUUGCUGAACACAGACACCGAAGGGGUCUUAUGUAUCCAUAUAUCUACCAUGUCCUUACUAAGGGUGAGAUUAAAAUCCCUGUAUGUAUUGAAGAUGAAUGUAACAUGGAGCUGCCUCCAGCUGCUCUCCUAUUCCGGUCAGCUCGUCAAUACGUAUAUGGGGUCCUUUUCAGUCUUGCAGAGACACAGAGAAAAAUGGAACGUCUGGCUAUACGGCGGCGGCUGCCUAUAGAAGUUCCAUCAGUGAUCCUUAAAGAAUGGUCUGCCUAUAAAGGAAAGUCACCUCAAACUCCUGAGCUGGUAUCUGCACUGACAUUUCGGGAAUGGACUUGCCCAAACCUCAAGAAGCUUUGGCUAGGCAAAGCAGUGGAGGACAAGAACAGAAGGAUGCGGGCCUUUCUGGCCUGUAUGAAGUCAGACACUCCCAGUAUGCUCAAUCCAGCUAAUGUCCCCACCCAUCUGCUGCUCAUGUGCUGUGUACUCCGGUACAUGGUCCAGUGGCCUGGUGGCCGAAUCCUGCAUCGCCAUGAGCUAGACACUUUCCUUGCACAGGCAGUAUCUUCCCAGCUUUAUGAACCAGAUCAGCUUCAAGAACUCAAGAUUGAGAAACUGGAUGCCCGAGGGAUCCAGCUUGCUGCCCUCUUCAUGAGUGGGGUCGACACAGCUCUGUUUGCUAAUGAUGCCUGUGGCCAGCCAGUUCCUUGGGAACAUUGCUGCCCCUGGAUUUACUUUGAUGGAAAACUCUUCCAGAGCAAGCUAAUUAAAGCAGGUCGAGAACGAGUAUCCCUGGUUGAGCUCUGUGAUGGCCAGGCUGACUUGGCAACCAAAGUGGAAAAGAUGAGACAGAGUAUUCUUGAAGGAGUCAACGUCAAUUAUCCACCGCCUUCUGCUCUACUUCCAUCACCUACUUUUGUGCCUCCCAUGGUACCAUCUCUCUACCCUGUUCCACUUUAUUCCCGAGCCAUGGGCUCAAUGCCACCUCCCCCUCAAGGAAGGAGUCGGGGAGUUGCAGGUUUUCAUCCAAUCCCACCCCAAGGAGGAAAACUGGAGAUUGCUGGAAUGGUUGUGGGCCAGUGGGCUGGUAGCAGACCCUCUAGGGGCCGAGGCUCUUUUGGCAUGCAAGUAGUUUCUGUCGGUGGGCCAGGAAAGGGGCAUGGAAAAGAACAAACUGGUAGAGGAUCCAAAGGACAUAAAAAAGGAAAUAAACAAAUGAGGAAACCAAGAGAAAAUGGGAUGGGCACUUCAGAUGGAGUUUCUAAAUCCCUGGAGCCUCAUCAAGGUCAGUUCCGCUCACAGGUAAAUGGAAACAAUGGCACAUUGGUCAAGGAAGAGAAGAAUGAUCAUCAUCUUCCAGCUCCAUCACAAUGUGCCUUAUCCAGAGACAGCACCAUGUGUAAUAAUGGUAACCGCUACUUCUCGGUGAAGAAUGGGGAGAAGAUCCACUUACAAGAGCAAAAGAUAGGAACUGUGGCACAGCAGAAAGAGGAAUAACAAGUGGAAGAUGGCUUCAUCUAAUCAAAAGAGGGGAAAACCUAUGCUUUUCUGAUUUUAAGCCCAAGUUAGAGGAGGACAAAAAUGUUAACCCUAUUUUUAUGCAGGAUUUUUAUGGAAUAUCUUAUUGUAUUUAUUUUUCCCCCUUUUCUGUCUUUCUCUGGGCCUACAUAGUGGUCUGCCUCUUGGGAAGCUCUGGUGAAAGAUGAGUGGCAGCAAGACUCCCUCCUGUUCUUAAAUUGAAUAUAUUUUGUGCCAAUAUUCUCUUUGUCUCCCUUAGUAAGGCAUUGACUAUCAGAAAUAAGCUGAUAUCAUAUGAGGCCCUAUACAAAAGUUCAAGCUUUGAUUUUCUGAGUCCUUCUCAUGAUGAUCAUUUACAAAAUCCCUGAAAUGAUGGAGUCAACAGUCUUUGACCUCCUGACUUGCUGUUUUCUCUGUGAAGUACUGGAGCCUUGAUAUAUCCUCAGUAUCUACAUCCUUUCACUCUUUCUCCCAAUUCACCUACCCCAGGAUUUCAUACCACUGCCUCUAGCUCUGGUCUGACAAUCAGAUAGGUAGAUGUUUUCAGGGAAGUGAGGUAGUGUUGGUUAUUUCAUUUUUAUUGUAUACACUAAAAUUACAUACAGAAUCUGCCAAUGGCCUUUAUACUGGGCGAUUCAAGUGAGUCAGAAAAGUACUAGGCAGAUUUUUCCUGCCGCUGAACUAAAGCAUUGUUUGUAAAAUAGAUGAUGUGGUGCAGUUCAUCUAUUCUCUGCUGCCCACAUCCUGAAAGGGUGGGAAUGAAUGUGAUGAGAUACAAGUAUGAAAGGGAAUUUAAAAUACCACGUGUGUAUGUGUAUAGAAGUGUGUGGGUGGAUGUAUAUAUGAAUGUUUGUAUCUAUAAGCAUACACAUACCCUUUAUAUAAAGAGACAGAUAUAUUUAUCUAUACAUAUUUUAUAUAUAAAUAUAUAUGUAUGUGUGCAUAUAUAUAUACAUGUGUAUAUAUAUAUGUACAUGCACAGACACACAUGCAUUCAUACAUACCAACUUGGUGAUUUCCCAAAUGAUUUACUGAAUUUCCCAGAAAUGCUUCCACUGCUAUGGAGUGGUGGGUUUCAAAAUACCGCACCUGAAAAUCCUUACCAAGUCACAGCCCAUCACAAUCAUGAGAAGAUGGGCUUCUCUAAAGCAGACAGAAAUACUUUCCAGAGAAUACCUGUUCAGAACAACAAAUAGUUUUCACAAGCUUAUUCUUAAACAGAGACCUCACAUCCCACAUGAUAAAAGAAGAAAGAAUUUGGAAUAAGAUUAGAAAGAAUCGAACAUUUCUUUAUGAAGGAGCAGCCAGUUUUGGCUAGAAAACAAGUAUGGGAAGUGAUUAUAGGACUUGCAGCUUACUUGGGGGAAAUCUCAUAUGGGACUCCAGGAUCAAAUUGAUCUCAGGCUAGAAAUGAUUGCCACCAAUCACUGCCGGAGAAAGAACUAGCCCAAUUGGAAAAAAUGGAAAUCAGGGUGUGAGGAUAACAACAAUUUGAUUUUACAUGCCUAGACUGUUUCAUUUGUUCUUUGAUGUUUUUACUAGUGGAUCUUUUCAUUUUCUUUGUAAGGAAAAAUUAAGAGGAUUCUAGUCCUGGUCUUUAGGGUUAUCCUGUAAAAGGUUAUUAGCCCCUUUGAAGCCGCACUCAAGCCAGGACAAGAAAAGAGCUGUUCAUUCUUAUCACAGAGAUAUUCUUAAGGUUAUCUUGCAUUUCCUGUUUCCCACCUCAGUAGCCUAAGUAUGAGGAAUGGGAACAUGGCUCACAGCAGAUAAGCACUGUGUCUUCAUUCAGAAAGUGAGGCUUCUAGUCCCACACUUCCUUUUGGGCUAGAUGAUAAUCUUGCCCAAGAAAUAUAAUUCCUACAGGAAUACAACUGACUAGACUUUUAGCAGGGUUUUUCCUCUCUCUUUGAAAAACCCCAUGCAUCUUAACCAUUAGCAGUCCUUGGUAAUUUUUCUCCAGACAAACAGGAGGCUGUUUGCUCACUGUCCACUAGAACAAGUGUAUCAUGAGAGACUGAAAACAGUCUCAAACUGUUUGAUCCUAUUUUGACCCAGUUUAAGAGAACCCAUAAUUUGCAGGGGAAGAGAGCCCUAUAAUACUUCUCCCCCUGCUCAGACAUUUAUGUAAAACUAAAGCAAGAUGACAAGAGUGCAAACCUAGACAGAUAUAAUCAGAAACAGUAUACAAAAACCUUCUCUUUGGAAUCAACUCUCCUGAUUGGUUCUACCUCUUUUCAUGAACCUGCGCAACCUUAUCAUAAAGAUUGUGACCUCUAUAUACAACAGGAGAGGGAUUUAGUAGUGGACUUAGAUGGCUUGGAAAUAUGUUUCUGGAGCCAGAAAAGGAAGAAACCUUGAGUUCUAAAGGUAAAUAGAAGUACUAAUCUGCACUGAAUUAACUAUAAACAAAAUUUCAUUUUCUAAGGGAAAGUGCUUGGAGUUAUAUAGAAAGGUAUUUCUUCCAUUGCUGCUUCUGUGCACCUUGAAACUAUUUGAUGCAAUCAAAUGACAGUAUUGUUAACUCUCACAGCAUUAAGGUUUCUUAUUUAAUAGGAAUUUACUGUGAGAAAUAAAAUUGCUGCUUUGACAGGAUGAUUCCAGUUUGCCAAAAAACACUUGCUAUUUUCCUUUCUAUACACCUCCACUUUUACCAGGGCCAACAUAAAAGACAGCUCACUUCCAAUCUUGAUUUUUAUGUGGUUUCAGCAUUUUGGGUUUGGAAAAUUACAAGAAUUCUAAUUUUAUAUAUCUGCCAAAAUACACAACUUAGAAGUCAUAAAGACUGAGUUCAUUACUAGAGAAGGAACUUUUUCUUAUUGGAGGAAAAAUUGUUGAAGACUGCUCUGAUCUUUGCUUUGAGUACCACUUUAAGAGAUCUUCAUUGUUUACUUGAGAUUCCAUUUCUGACUAUGAUGCGACCUUUCUUGGACAGAGUCAUAUUGGAACUCCUAGAAAUGACUCAUUUCCUUGUAGGGUCACAAGCAAAUGCACCUGAUGCCCAUCUACUUACAGUUCUUGGUUUCUUCUGAUGGGUUUUGGGGUCAGCCUAAAAUUCCCAUUCUUAUUCAAUGGCCAGUCUGGUCUGGACCAGGCUUGACAAACUUCUUUGCUCAUUUGCAUUAUUUUCUUUCUGAGCCAGUAGGACUUUGGGUAGACAUUAAAACCCAAGGAAUGACACUUGCUUUGGCUAGUAACAUUUGACUUUUGUCUCCAUUCUGAUUUUCUGGCAUUGUUGGCCAAGUCACAUUAAAUGUUCUGAUCACUGAGAAAAACAACUGGAUGGGGCAUUAGGGAGGGUAGAGAAGGUGGGGGGUGGGGGGAGGAAUGCUUAUGUAGGGUAGAAAGAAUGUGGAAGUAACUGUUUGAUUAUAGUGAUCCAGUCCAUCGGAACCUUAGAAGGCUCCCUUGGGCAUGUCAGUGCUACCCUUUCAGCUUCAAAGAAACCCCUCCUGCCUGUUUUUAAAUGACAAUACAAGUAGACCACAGUUUAAAGUAGCUAGUGUAAUUCUACUGAGGUUUUAUCAUUAUACUUGUUCACUUCCUGAUGCAUUUUUCCUAAAUAUACUUGGGGUUUGGGGAGGGGUAAAUUUUCACUUCCAUUGUGUGUCACCCUCCUGUGACUUUGGCAUCUUCUUUUAUUUGAUAUUUCAUUUUCUUUUCCCUGGCAUAUUGCAAUAGUCUGCUGGUGCAGAUAGAGCUCAGAGCACCUGUUUCCCUGUUGCCACUAAUUAUCUAAUAUUGUCAGAGGUUAUUUUGAUGUUCAAAGAAGAUAACUUCAUGUUUUGCAAAAUCAUUAUUUCUAAUUUAAAGCAAAAUAAAAAUACCCCCUAUGCUAGAAUAUGCAUUUCAGCUUUUGACAUUGCUCUUGUACUUUUAUAUAUGCGCUUUUUGUCUGUGUUGGUAGUAACUAAUGACUAGUGAGUUUUAUGUAAAUGAAGCAAACUCAAUAUUUCAGAUCUUAUUAAUCUGUCAUAACACUGCCAAAUCUGGUUGUUUAAUUUCAGUUACUUCCCAGAAGACAUUUCCCCUCACCCCACCCCCUUUAUUUUAUUCAUUUCUCUUUUAUUUUUAGAGUAACAUUCUAGGUAAAGAAACUGUAACUGCAAGGAGUCAAUGGUUCUUAGUGCUCCCUGAUAAAUGAUGUUAUUGACGAAAGUAAGAAAUUCUUUAACUGUUUUUUUCCUGUGUUAAAAUCUCUUCUGUGCUUUUGACAGUGUGCUUAGUGGAUGGAUAAUAUGUAUUUCUCUUCCCCACUCCCAAAUUCCAAAUUCCCUGCCUUUUGGGCCCACCUUAUCACAAAAGCUCCAUAGUUUAUUAAUGUAAGUUAGAAUGGAUGCUUCUUAGGGGAACCUGUGGGAGUUAGUGGAAGUGUUUCAUAAAGGAACUAGAAUGUCUCCAAGUUAUUUUGUGAUGGAAAUUGGUCUGUUGUUCUGUUAAUGCCGAUGGAAAGAAACUUACAGCGCUUAAUAAAAGUCUAUUCUUUUAGUAAAGAACUGUGAAACAA